AUGUCUCUCUCCAUAUGCGCCGACUGCCUAUCCAGGCUCCGGAUCUCGGGCCAGUCCAAAUCCAUGGGCACAGCUACAACUCUUAUUGCCAGUGUGACAUUACCUCGAGCGCCAGCAUCGUCUUUUCACAGCUCCAGUCCCGUGGCGGCCAACAAUGCCAUUCUGAAGGCGAAAAAGAGCAGAGAGGUUGCAAAGCACCGAUCCUCACAGUCGGCGCGGAUGAAGAAGAAAACCCGAGACCGACCCAAGCCUCCGGCGAUUGGGGAACGACGAGCCCAACGACAUCGGAUUGUCCUCAGCAACACCAACGCCUUUGAGAUUGUCGGGAUGGAGAACUGGAGCAAGGAAAACAUGGCCGAUGAAGAAAACGUAGGACACGUGUUGGGACUUGACGGAGCUUUGUUGGACAAGCUGCGAGACUGCCAGGCCUUCAAGACCACGCAGAACUGGAGCUUGUUCCGACGGCCAGCUACAUUGGUCCGAACCGAAACCAUCAAACUCGGUCGCGAUAUCGAGGCACUCAACGCGGAAAAAAAGACCGUCAGACAUCUUGUUGUUGGUGAGAAGGCUUCUGGGAAAAGUAUUCUCGGGUUGCAGGCCAUGAGCAUGGCGUUUAUGAAUGACUGGUUGGUUCUGAAUGUGCCGCAAGCCCAAGCUUUCGUUAACAACACUUCGUCUUACGCACCCCUAAAGCAAGAGGACAACGACACAAAAGAACAAUUAUACAUACAACCGCACUUGACCCAAGCACUGCUCACGCGGGCUUUGAAUUCCAACGAAGCGCUGCUCAAGAGUCUCAAAUUCAACCACGAGUUUCCCAAACACUUGCCUCUAAAACAGGGCACCGCCACUCUCAAAGAUCUUGUCCAACUUGGCGCGAGCGACCACACCUUCGCAUGGCCUGCAUGGCAGGUGUUUUGGCGCGAAAUCAGCGCACCGGGCGCCAAGGCACGUCCGCCGGUCUUGUUGGCCGUCGACGACAUCGACCACUGGAUGGGACCUAGCAAAUACCGCAGUGCCGAGUUUGAAAUCAUCCAUGCCCACCAGCUUACUUUGGUGCGACAGUUUUUGGGGCUGUUCUUCCCUCGAGGCCAACAACAGGCCUUUGCCAACGGCGGCAUGAUCCUUUUCAGCACCACUGGAUCCAAUACACCCGCAUAUCCAACUUUUGAAUUGCUGGUUAAUCAAUUACGCGCUCGGACUGCGAAGAGCGGUGAUUCUUCGGAUUUCCCUCUUCCGGCACCGUAUAGCAAGCCCGACUCUCGUGUCUUGGAGCUGUCGUCUGGUCUGGACCAUGUCAACCUGACUGACUUGAAGGGUCUUAGUGUCCCAGAGUCAAAGGGCUACAUGGACUAUUUUGUGCGCAGCGGAUUGCUCAAGAGGAACAUUACUGAGAGUGCCAUUGCUGAAUUUCGAAGUCUCACCGGUGGUGGCGUGGUGGGAGAGUUGGCAAAGUUGGGAAGAAGGAUUCGACUCUGA